AUGAGUCUCUUGCUUCUCGUGCUGUUAUUCGUGUGCGUCCUGUUAUUGGCUACGGCCUACCUCCGAUACCGAAUGUCGCAGCCAUCACGAGCGAAUCGAGUGCUUUGGAAUAAAAAGGAUAAAUUUACAGUGGAGCAAAUAUUACAAAAGGUUGUGGGAAAUAGGAUUUCUUCAUUCAUCAUCAAUACAGCAUCAUCACCGAGUAAUGCAUGGUCUCCGAUGAAUUUUGGAGGAGGGUCCAAUUCGACAACAAGUGUCAAUCAACAAAGCCCUUUUCAAAACACGAAUGGGAUGGUGGUAGUGAACAAUAAUAUUAAUCUUUCAGGCUCAAGACCAAAGAACCGUUCUUUUUUACAGACUAGUUACUUUACAGCUUCCCCUCCAAAAUACUUGGCAAUGAAUCAACAUUCUUUCAUCAAGGCAAAUUCGACGCCCAAAGUAUUGGUUCCUUCGAAAUUAAACUUGGAGCCAACUUCACCAAAUUCACCAUCGAAUCAACCAAUCACCCUUUCGGAAGAGGAAUUCUCAAACACAAUGAUUUAUCGAAAGCCAAUUGAGAGAUUUGAAAACAAAAAAUCGCCAAUUUCUAGUAUUUCUAAGAGUCCUACCUUAAACGUGCAUUCGAAAAUUGCAAAUGCCACACCAAAACAUAAUACAUCAUACAGGACUUUAAAUGAUACACUCACAAAUUUAGAAAUCUCACCAAUAGCACUUAAAGAUAAUACUCAUUCACUGAUUGCCAAUACUAGCUGGGUUGUUAACAAUGGCUCCAUACUGAUUGAAGAUUCUCCUGAGAAGUUCUCGGAAAAAGUUGACCCUAACAGAGAAACGCAAGCCAAUGAAAACAAUCAAAAAGAGGAAGAGACAACAGGUAUCAACGAUUUAUCAAUGAUUUCUGUUGGUGACAUGUCCAAAAAGUCACCCAAAGGUAUACUUAAGGUACGAGGAACAGCAGGAACCAAACAACAUGACCUCUCUGUCAAUGUAUCGAACCUCAAUGACAGUGUUCUCAAUUCAAGUGCUCUAUUAAGAAAAAAGAAGGUUGAUUUUGGAUUUAAUAAUAUGGAAGGCAAGGGCAUCAAAAGAGAUCGACCAAAAGGGUUUGACAGAGUGGUUCCCGCACCAUCUGAAACUAGCUUUUCAAGAGAUGUACAAAAGAGAACCAAGACCAAUGAUCUAAUCAUGACUGAGACGAAUCAGCAAAGACAGGAUCAAGCUAACAUGUCACCACCAUCUACUUCUACAACUCCACAAAAAACUGAAGCUUCCUUUGUUACAGAAGCUGAUAAGAGUAUUUUAAACGACAGUAUUAUUAAUUCCUCGUAUGAAGAAAAAGAGGAAAAACCAAAGAGAAAACCAAAAUCAAAAGGAAGAAUUGGUUUCACUACUCCAAAAACAAUUCAAAAACAACGAGUAUUGACAUGCAAAGAAGAUAUUUUGCUACGAAAAGAAAUAAUGCUCCAAUUAUUGAGAGGAGAUCAAAAUUUAGUUUCUGAAAAAUCAGAGGAAACUAAAAAGACAGACAAUAAUCUUGGGUCAUCAUUCAACUUAUCCAGCUUAGCCAGAAAGAAGGAUGAAAAUGAAGACAAACCUUCUAGUGUUUCUGCUGAGACAAGUUCUGCAACGACAACCACCGAGGCUCCAAAAGCUGUUGUCACCACUGCACAGCCAACUACAAGCAGCACGGAUGCUGUCACAAAUCCCACAGAACCACAAGCAGUGAAAAUCAGCAAUACCGCAGCCACUGUUUCUGAACCAUCUGAGGCCUCCACUAUCACAUCAGCACCAACAACAUCAGGUUUUCAAUUCAAACCUCAAGUUCCAUCAACUCAAAACGAAAGUUCCACAGUAUCAUCAUCUGCCACCACUACUACUGCCAAUCUUAACACUUCUCAGUUCAAGAUACCUUCUUCGUUGCCAAGUAGUGCUGGAGGCCCUAUUAAGUUUGACCUUCCCAAACCUACUCUUCCAUCAACAACAACAACAUCCAGUAAUGUCCAACCUUCACAACCAAAACCCACAUUGACAACAGCUCCUAGUAACGUAAGCAACAAUACUAGUAUGACCACACCUUCUGUGAAUCCAAUGCCUUCAAUCACAGCUCCCAAUUUUAUGUCCCAACCAUCAGCUAGCUCUCAAUUAGCUCAACAACCAUCAUCUAGUUUUCAACUUACAACCAAUCCAUUUUCCUCAAGCCAUACAACCAUGUCAACCACAACCAGAAGCAACCCACCAACCCAGAGCACCACAAUGACUGCUCCAGAAAAACCAAUGUCUUCAAACUUUAAUUUCAAUGCAGGAAGCACGACCAAUGUGACGACAAGCAAUCCUUUUUCUAUGUCAGUAUUAAAUCCCUCCACGAGCAGUGCCACAAACAAUGUACCUGAAACACGUCCAAUCAACACGACUACUACCACAACAACAACGACAAUACCCUCAAAUCCAUUUUCCUCUUCAUCCAAUGCUACAAUUAGUAACACAAGUCAUACGACCUUGUCAUCUGCCACGAGUACUUCUUUUACGUUAGGCGGUACUAGUAGCACUCCAUCUUCAAUCUCUCAACCUGCAACUAGUACGAGCAGUAAUCCCGUAACGACUUUGAAUAAUAAUCCAUUUUCCAGCAUGAGAUCUAGUACCAUUGGUUCAUCGAGCGUUGGUGCGAAUAAUAAUUCAUUAACCUUGAACCAAACAACUCAAGCACCAAGUAGCUCAAUAUCUUCGACUGGCGCCACCCCAUCCCAUACAGUCCCUGUAACGAGCGGCUCCUCCAUGCCAUCUUCAACCAACGUGUUUGCCUCUAACCCAUCAAAACCAAGUUUGUCUCUGCAGAAUGCUCCAACAGUUCCUAAUCCAUUUGCAGCACUCAAAACACAAGCUGCCAGUCAAAGCGCAUUCUCAACUAGUUUUGCAAACACCAACAAUCCUUUUGCAUCAGUGAACACCUCAAAGCCAAGCACUGGAAGCGUCUUUGCCAAUGCUCGUUUUUCAUUUGGGGAAGAAAGUGACAACACUGCUUUGACCAGCACCACUGUGAACAAGCCAAAUACGUUCUCCACUGGUGGCACAUUCUCGUUUUUGGGUGGUAGCAACAGCAACAACAAUCCAUUCGGGUCAUCAUCAGGUUUUGGAACCUCAGGUUUUAAUCAACGAAAAUGA